AUGUCCCGUGUCGAGAUAUUCUUUUUACCAUCACUCGAUACACCUAGGAGUCAUGCAUUAUGGACUAAAUUGCGAGUUUUGUCCCACCAUUGGGACCGAAAUUGUACUUUAACAUAUGAUAAUGAGCCUAUUGUUGUAAACAACUUCUCCAAUUCCUUACAGUCGCUUUCUCCGGAACAGCUCAUGAUGUGGAACCAAGUCGAGCCUGCCAAUUUCAAGGCAGUAGGUAUGACAUUGCGAGGCACGGUGGUGUUCAGAGAUUCCACAUACUAUGUGCUCGCAGACCAGCGGGCUUUGGAAACAGGAAUGAUAUUAUCUACUGAAUUUGAGAAUUAUGGUGCUCCUGGAAAUCGCAUGCGCGACACAAAUUUCCGAACCUAUCUUGAAUAUUUUUGA